UAAACCAUAUGGUAGUCCUUUUGUACCACAGCAGGAUGGUUUUGAUGAAGAAGAAACUACAAGUGAUUCUUCCAAUUACUCAGACAGCAGAAUGAAUGGGGCUGAUGUUGAAAUGGUGCCCAUCCGGAAACCUAUUUAUUGGCUGGAGAUGAGAGGAAUACAGCCUGUACCAAGUGUGUCUGCACAACAGCCGCCCAUGAGAGGUGGUGUGUUGCUGUCAAGGAGGAGAGGACUUCCUGAUGAAGAUGAAGAUUAUGAAGUGUAUCCAACAAAGAUAAUUUCUCCAAGAAGUCAGAGAUUUGUGCACGAUGGUAUGAAUUUUAUUCCGAAACCAAAAAGCCGUUAUGUGAGAAAGGAGCCGCCUUCAUAUCCACAAGGGAGCCAGGAGGAGCUGUGGUACCUGGAAAUUCUGAAUAGAGGAAAAGUAACAUGCCCCUCAUGCAGAGCUGUUGUUCGGAAGACUGUUGAGGGGCUCAAAAAGCACAUGGCCAACUGUAGGCAGGAGCCUUAUACAUGUCAUCACUGUGGUAAACAGUUGAAAUCAUUAGCGGGAAUGAAAUACCAUGUUAUGGCAGAUCACAACAACAAGCCACUUUCUGAAGAUGGGGAUGGUCCAUCUGAACGAGAAAGACUGCGUAAAGUGCUUAAGAGACUUGGAAAAUUGAAGUGUUCCAGGGAGGUAAGAGAGAGGAAGAACAAGCUCAUUUUGAAAGGAUUGCUUAAACAUUCCUUCGAGGAAGAUUUGGCUAAGUCUUCCAGUGCAUUAUUCUCUCCAGCUAACAAGGACAAAAAGACUUAUAAGAAGCACUCUCCGGCUCAGUCUGUUUCUUCGGAGCUGCCAGAGAAAGUUGCUAGUACAGCUUCUCCUCCUUCGGUUCCAUUGCCCUCGAUGCCGACAAAAGAUAGUGCUCAAAGAUCUGCUGAAUUUCGGUUUCUACCAUCCAACUUUAAUCCACCUAUGGAAAAGCAUGUCAAUAUAUUCCAACAAGCCAUCAUCAAAGAUUUGCACCAUGUUUUGGGUUCAGGUAAUAUUUUGAGACAGAAUCUUAGUAUAGAUGAACAACAGGCCUUAGAUGAUCUCAAAUCCAAUUCUAAUAUUGUUAUUCUUCCAGCGGAUAAAGGUGGGGCAAUUGUGAUUAUGGACUUCAGUUAUUACUGGGCUGAAGGUAAAAGACAGUUGUCCAGCAAUCAGCAUUACUUCCAUAUGUCCUUGGACCCCACUCCAAAUUUCAAGAAAGCCAUAGAUGAUUUUUUAGAUUCUGCAGUAGAGGAAGGGAUUAUCAGUGCCAAAACAAGAAUUCAGUUAACAGCUUCACUCCCUGUGGAUGGUACAAAUGAAAAUGCGGAAGCAGGAAAUGACCUUAUAAUAGGUGAGAAAUCGCAAAGAAGGUCUGCAAAAGUGGCAGCUUUCCACCUCCAGCAAAUUGCUUCAGAGGAGCUGACAAAGGAAUGGCCAAAGAGAAAGGUGCUGGAGGAUCUGGUACCAGAUGACAGGAAGCUGAAAUACACAAGGCCUGGAAUGCCCACUUUCAGCCAGGAAGUAAUUCGCAAGUGGAACAAUGAGAUAAAGAUUUAUCGGAAGGUUCAGUGCCCUAACAAGGGCUGUGAUUCUGUGUAUACCAGUGUUUCGGGACUGAAAGCUCAUCUUGGCUGCUGUCAUAUGGGAGAUUUUGCUGGUGGAACAUACCGAUGCCUGCUGUGUGAUAAGCAGUUUCAUUCAGAAAGUGGAGUAAAGUACCACAUUACGUCUGUCCACUCACAGGAAUGGUUUGUCGUGAACCCCAAAACAACUAAAAGCUUUGCAAAACAAAUGAAAAUGGCUCAUAAGGAAGACAAGUUGAAAAAGCAAAAGAAAAGAUUCAUCACUCGCGUCCUUGCUGUUAAGAGAGCUGCUAACAGUUUGAAAGCAACCCCAAGAAAUAAUAUCCUGGUAAGACAGGAGAAACCUCAGAUUGUUGAGAUCAGUAGCGAGAGUGAAGGCAACAACAGUGAUGUGGAGGAACAUGUAUUUAUGAGACCAAAUUGGAAUAUCAAGAAUCCGAUGACAAAAGUCAUGAUGAAGACUGUUCAUGGAAGAAAAUGAAGAUGGUGCUGAAAAAGAAAGGUCCUAGUUUUUGUAAAGUAUGGGCUGGAAAUUGAUGAAAUGUGUUCCAAUCUCCAGUGUAGUAACCUACCACUUUGCUGAAAGGCUUUAAGGCGGUUGUCCCAUGGACAGCCGAGUAUAAAUAUUCAAAAAGUGAUUAAUUGUACCCUACUUUUCAUUGUAAAGCUUCCUUUUUUUCCAGUUGAGGGUUAAGAUUUCAUUGUUUAAAAAAAAAAUAGAUUUGCAAACUGUUUGUCUUCGGAACUUUCACGGGACCCUUUACCAAACAAUUGUUUUAAUACUAAUUCCAUUAUAGAAUUUUCAGUGAUUUUCAAGAACUCGAUGUGUUUAAGAAGGCUGGGCUGCUUUAGUGUUUCUAAAACAAUGUUUUAAUACGUGUUAAGCAGCUGUAAUCUUAAGUAGGAUGGAUUUAUAAGUUGAAAUGAAAAUGGUUAAUGACUUGCGUAGGACUGAAUAUCAGAAAUGGCUGCACCAGUGUUGGUAAGCUAACAUGUUCACUCUGGACCCGUGACUUCACUUUAUUUUUACUGGCUUUUUCACAAACCAUUUCAUUAAGAAUAUGUUGCAGAAAAAGAAAGUAUUUAGAAAAACAGUGGAAGUUUGACAUGUCUGCUGUACAGCUCUUAGAUAUAUUUUCAUGUUCAGAUUCUUUUAGCCAGUUGUUGGGUCUGAAAGGUGCUUUAUUAUGGGAACACAUCUGUUUUGUUUUUUUUCUUUUUAUAUAGUGAAUUGAUGUUCAUAAUAUCCAGCUGUGAAUUAUGAUUUGUGUAUUUUAUACUAUUCAAAGGACAUCACAGCAGAUUUUGUACUGGAGCGUACAGCACAGUGGCUGUAGAAUGUAAAGUUAACAGAAAAAAAAAAUGAUCGGCUUGCUUACGUUCUUCUGUAUCCAAAAAAAACCCAUUCCACCUUUUUGGAGCUAUUGUCUAGUAUUUACUGCAAGUCUGUAAGUUGAUAAAACAGAUGUUCAGAAUCUGCUGUUUCUGCUUUUGUUUUCAGUUUUGUUUUGUUUUUUAAUAUGUAUUCCAUGUUUUUCCUUGCUUUUUAAGUCUGCCAUUUACAACACAAAAAAUGUGCCAUCCUUUAGUUUUGUAGACAUGUUUUUACAAGAAUCAAAAGCAGAUUAAAUGCCUAAUGUUA